AUGAAUCUUCGGACAUCUGCGAAAUCGCAGGCGCGAUCACCUACUGUCGACUCGAAGACAUCGACUCCAAAAAGCCAGACAAGCGAUUCACAAAGUACACUACGUCCGCGCCGGAAGAAGACAACGGGCAUUGCAGACACCAAAGCGAAGAGGGUGCGCACGGGCUGCCUGACUUGUCGCGAACGACAUCUCAAGUGCGACGAGGCCUUAGGACGGUGUCAUAAUUGUCGCAAGUCGAACCGCAUCUGUCGACGUGGUGUUCGCCUCAACUUUAUUGAUAUUCAAAAUGUGGCGCCUCCACAUGUUGUCGCUCGACCCCAUGGCGCCAAAGUGACAUUUCGCGAUGAUUCGCGCUUGAUCGCGUCUGAAUACGUUGGAGGGUUCGAGAAAUACCCGCCCGUUCAGCCGGAAAGUCCUGCUGAAGAGCAAAGACUUUUGCACCAUAGCUUCGAGGCUAUGGGGCCUGAUGACCUGACGAGUCUUUUCCAAUCUGUUGCUCAUUCUUUCGAUCCGCUAGAUUUUGAUAUUUCCAACCCAGACAACGCAGAUUUUGGAACCGAUGUCUGGCAGCAGUCUCAUCUGGUACCAGGAGAUGAACUCCUUCCGCAUGGGACAUCCAACUUCGCACGGAAACUGGCAAAAAAUGAGGGAAGUCAUUCCUUCAUCGCAGAUCCUGACCGAAUGCUUCUUUUCCGUGCUUUUGUCGAACACGUUGGGCCCAGGCUGGAUGCGAUGGAUGCAAUGAACCAUUUUACCCAUAUUAUUCCGUACUACGCCCUCGACGAACCUAUGCUGCUCAAGGCACUCCUAGCGUGCGGCGCUAGACAUCUUUCCCUUGUAGAUUCUUCUCACGGGGACGGAAAGGCCAUGCAGCUCUACGACGAGGCUACCCAGGAUCUGUUAAACUCCGUCCAUGAUUCUAAUCGUGACUCUGUUCUAUGUGCGGUAGCGGCUCUGGUUCUUGGCUUCUUUGAAACAAUGUCAUCGCUAUCCUCACAUCGGAAAGUCCAUAUCGCAGGCUCGCGAGCUUUGAUUCGAGAAUGUGGCUGGACUUCCAAAACUCCAGGGCUCGGUGGAGCGUGUUUCAGAAUCAGCAUCAGCGCAGAGCUACUUAAUUGUGUACGAUAUAAUUGGAGUCUGUCCUGGGAUCCAAACACUUGGGGGAUUGAUAUGGACAUGGACCAUUGCCACACUUCCGGUGGGAGCAGCGACGAUUCAUGGUCUCAUCGCAUCCUCUAUAUCUGUGCAAAGGUCGUGAUCUUCCAAGCAUCGUUGUGUCAAUCUCAGGGUUUGAGCAACGAUGCAGUUAGGGCUCAGCUCAACGAUCGAUUCCAGGAAUGGAGUCUUUACAACAGCUGGUGCGAUCAGUGGGAGAAAUCGGCCCCCAAGUCGAUGGCUCCUCUUGGGUACUUGCAGCCCUGGCAGACAAGCUCCAAAUCCGCGUUUCCGGAGGUUAUGAUACUUAAACGACCUGCAAUCGUUGCUCGGCUAUUUUUCCAUGUGACGCGAAUUUUGCUAUCCAAGUCAAACCCUCUGCAGUCAGAAUUCGAUGGAGACAUGCGUGGGAUGCAAAGAACCCACGCACACGAAAUUUGCGGCCUCAUCGCAUGUACCAAGGACCGAAGUCUUUCCGAUAUCUCACUACGCUGUCUUGCAAUCGCUGCAGAAUGUCUAGAAGCCCGCUCGGCCCAAGAAGAAGUGAUCGGCAUUUUUGAUGCUAUCGCCAAGACUACUACUUCCAACAUUGAAUCAAUCAAAGAUGAUCUAAGGCAGAUUUGGAGCUGGGUCGAUGCUCACCCGGACACUGUUACCCCGGCCCAAAUGCACAACCACUACUACGAACUCGAUCCAUCGCUAGCAAUCUCCGAAGCAUCUGGCUCAUCUUCGGAUCUAUGUAACCCACUCACGACAACCGGGGACUUUUCAAUGGAGAAUCAUCCGUAUCAGGGAUAUUAUGUACCACCUCACCAUCACCAUGCACUCGAUCAGUAUGACUAUGGUGCAUAUCUGAUGUGA